ACUCUAUCGACUUGAUAAUUAGCAUAAAUAAUGUAGGACCGUUGUAUUUUUAAAGGUUGCUUGUUUUGUUUACAUCCUACACUGCCGAGCCAUGCUUUAUUUUCCAGUUCCGUGCUGCAACCACUCCCCUUUUCCGGAGCCGCCCCUCAACCCGCCCAUCGCCGGCUGAAUACAGAAUAACGCCGGUUAAACUUAAUAUUUACUGUUACUGAUACGUUGUACAGAAAGAUAAUAGCAGCACAAAUAUAUAUAUUUUUUGAAAUAUUACAUUGUGUUUUUUUUUUUUUCUGCAGUGACGUUUUUAAAUCAAUCUAGCGCGCCAGGUUUUUAAAUGACCCGCUCGUACUUUCCUGCCUUUCCCACAGACAGCAGCCAAGAUCAGAGGCAAAGCUCAGCGCGCCAGCUCAGUCACUCAAAGCAACUAAAGUAGUAACACGUAUUAGCUGGUAGCAGAACAAAAUUGAUGAAUCAAUUGUUUCCACAAUUUGUAAAUCGUCUAGUUUUUAAAUCAGGGAACACUAUAGCCAAAUUAACUGAACUGUUGGAUCUUUCGUUGAAAACGUUUUUAAAAAGAAAAAAAAAAAAAACAUUGAAAGGAGUAAGGAUAUAUUUCUACGUGUAAAGGAUUCUUUUAAGCAUAUAAUGUCAAGAAAGUGCGUGCAGACUGAGCUUAAGACGACUACAAAGAAUGAAGUGACCAAAGAAAGUGCACGUUCUAGAAAAAGAAAAGCAGAUGUUGCUAUUUACUUGCAGGACCCAGAUGAAGAAGUAGCUGAGAUGACAAAGAAAAAACAAUAUGAAAUUCAGACCUGUUGGAAUUCUGCCACAGGAUGCACAAGUCCAUGCAGGCUUAUUCCCACACCUGACAAAGAAGUAGAUGAACCAGUUAUAAUGAAUACAGGAAGCUGCAUGCAGUAUAGGUUUAAAAACAUCUUCGUCACUCCUGUAAGGUCUUCUCCGCUACCAGUUCUGGGCUGGGCCAACAAAGAUGAUGUGUGGAAUAACUUGCUUAAGAAAGAUAAGACAUACCUGCGUGACAAACACUUUAUGGAGAGGCAUCCACAUCUCCAACCAAAAAUGAGGGCCAUACUACUUGACUGGCUAAUGGAGGUGUGUGAGGUCUACAAACUUCACAGGGAGACAUUUUACUUGGCCCAGGAUUUCUUUGACCGGUUUAUGGCAACACAGACUGACGUUGUCAAAACCCGGUUACAGCUUAUCGGCAUUGCCUCGCUGUUUGUUGCUGCAAAGUUGGAGGAAAUAUAUCCUCCCAAACUGUACCAGUUUGCCUAUGUUACUGAUGGUGCUUGUACAGAAGAUGAAAUCCUUGAUAUGGAGCUUAUAGUAAUGAAGGAGUUGAAGUGGAGUUUGAGUCCCUUGACGACUUUAUCCUGGCUCAACAUUUACAUGCAAGUUGCAUACCUGAAGGAAAACACAGAAACAAGCAAACUCUUGAUUCCACACUAUCCACAGGCGACAUUUGUGCAAAUAGCAGAGCUUUUGGACCUGUGUGUGCUGGAUGUCGGGUGUUUGGAAUAUGCAUAUGGAGUCUUGGCUGCAUCAGCUUUGUUUCACUUUUCGUCACUUGAACUUGUGCAGAAAGUUUCAGGUUUUGAAUGGAGAGACAUCGAGGAGUGUGUGAGGUGGAUGGUGCCCUUUGCCAUGUCAAUAAGGGAAGUGGGCAGCUCUGGAUUAAAGAAGUUUAAAGGCAUCUCUCCAGAGGACACUCACAACAUACAGACUCAUUCCGUUCUCCUGGAGUGGCUGGACAGAGCUUCUGCUCAUCGGGCGGUCAGUUCAGAGAAGGGUCGGAACUCUCCAGUGCCCUCUGGUGUUCUUACCCCUCCUCAGAGUAGCGAGAAAACUGAGAUGCUUAAUUCCUGAAUGAACUGGGAUCCAGACAUGUGACCUGAAAGAAUAAAUGCACCAGCAACCACAAAAGAACCUUUUUAAAAAAAAAACUGAAAUAAGAUUUUUGCUUUUUAAUGUGGGAUAAAUUUAUUUCAGCAUUAUUAAACUUUUUUUUUUUUUAAAUGGUAAUUGAGUGCAGUUAUGGGGCCAUUUCCUGUCAAUUGAAUUUUUAAAAUAACUUGACAUUUUAGUCAAGUGCACCACCAGUCACAUAUUUAGAGCACGGUUCUUUGCUCUGGAUGCUGCUAUAGAUGGUGGAACUUGACAGAUGGACUGCCAGUAGGGAUAAAAUCUUGGCAAGGACUACAUGGCCAUUUGGUCUUUCUUGGCUUCAAGGGCUGUUGGACACAUUUUUACCAAUGUGCAUGUUGAAGACACCAGAAAAAGUCAGCUUGAUAAGCAAUAUAAAAUAUGGAUAUAUAAGAGUUAACAAUUUUUCAGAGUAUUGGUUUACCAAAUUGUAAUACAUGUUUUAUGAUAUAAAUGCUGCUACCUUGCUGUGUUAUUUUUAAAUAAAGGUACUGUCUCAGACAGUUUUGUUUUAA